CGCUGCCAGCUCCCACGAGACCUCCUCUUCAACCACCGUUUGACCGACCUAUCUCGAGACACACCCUCCCAGCCAAGUCUACUCGCAGAUAACGUCCCGUUCACGUCAAAAUGGUUCUCGCGGUCGAUCUCCUCAACCCUACGCCUCAGGCCGAGGCCCGCAAGCACAAGCUCAAGACUCUUGUGCCUGCUCCCCGAUCCUUCUUCAUGGACGUCAAGUGCCCCGGCUGCUUCACAAUCACCACCGUCUUCUCACACGCACAGACCGUCGUCAUCUGCGCCGGAUGCUCGACCGUUCUCUGCCAACCUACCGGUGGCAAGGCCAGAUUGACCGAGGGAUGCUCUUUCAGGAGAAAGUAGAUGCCAAAAAUCUAUAACAAAAAAAGAGGGAACUUUGUCAUGAAUAGCUCGAAUACCAGAUAACGAAUUUAUCCCAAAAAAAAGCAAUCAUGGCGUUCUAAAACCCUUCACAAGUUUCCUCGUUCUCCCUACCUGACCUUCCUUACUUCCGACUUCUCUCCUUCGCCUGGGGCAUCGCCCCCAAAUCAACAAUUACUCUGCAGAUAGAAGAUGGAAUGAACCAACCUCUUUUUUCUUUACUGUGCUGCGCCGGAGCGGAAAACGUGGGUCAAUUUUUGAUUCUGUUGGACAAGUGUUUAUUCUUCUCGACAACGCAUGGGAAAAGGCCGGGGGGGAGGGAGUUCCGGAUAUCUGGCGAUUCCAACAACACCUUUCGUCGUCUCGCUUUAUCGUCGCGUUGAUUAGUUCUUUUUUGUGCGCCUAGCAUCGCUUCCUGCAUUCUGGCGAAAACUCGUUUUGAUAUUUUCGACACAUCAUAGGGGAAGGAGAGAUGGACGAAGCAUCUGUUAUGAGCUCGAGUCUUACGUUACGCCCACGCGGGAGGGGGAAGUCCCUUUUCUCUUUUCUUUUCACGACAAUAAUGAAACUCCACGCCUGGACUGACCUUGAGGCUUGUGACGACGGAUGCGACUUCUGUUGAGGAUACCUAUCUGCCUGGUCUUGUACAAAGCACAGCGAGUCCGAAUUCCUCGUGCGCGGUUCUGGUCUUGAAACGGCUGGGAUUGCAACGCGGAUUUUGUAUGCUAUGAGUAGUGUUUAUGUAUCAAGCGAGCUAGCUGUUGUCCUCGA